GGCAGGAUGGUCCUUUCGGAAAAAACGGACGUUGGCGAUAUCAAGGAAGGGGCGGCCAAAUGGCAGAAAUGAUGUCAGGAGAAGAGAGGAGAAGAGAAAGAAAUAAUAGAAUAGAAGACUCAGGAGAGAGAGACAUGAAAGUGGGAUGAGAGAAGAGAGAGAGGACAAACAGAGAGAGGGGGAAAGGGUAUUGCUGAGGUCUGACACAGCCACCACCACCCAUUGACGACCGCCACGCCACCCUCUUGGGCCGCGCUGCCGCCGCCGCUGAAUUCAGCAUCUCCCUGUUGGUCCUUCACUUUUGCUCCUUCGUUUUUCUUUCCCCUCCCUUCCCCCUCUUCUUCUUCUUCUUCUUCUUCUUCUUCUUCUUCUUCUUUUCAAUUUUCUGUUUCUGUUGGUGAUUCUUUGGAAUGAUGAUAUGAUCAGUCGAAUCGUGUGAAUUCCGAAGUGGGGUGGGUGAAUUGAUUGGUGUAUUGGCUAUUUCACGUAUAGGAGGGGUCGUCUGGGUCGUCUGACGGAAGAAAUGAACUGGGGUUUCAGUUGUUUAUUCUCCCAUUAUCCUCUGGGUUGGUGAGAUGGGACGGAACCUAAACAAGCCCAUUUCUUUAUGGUCACUGUACUUUCACUGAACUGGUUUCCCCGAAAUCUCUUCCCCGGAUUGAGACCUCUCCUUUGUGGACUUUGUCUACGUGCAAUAACCCGUACACCUCCUCUCCCUCUUUCCCUUAUGAAGUUGCAGAAGAAUUAAAUAAAUAAAUAAGCAGAGUGGAAACCUGGUUUUGUGGUGUGGGUAGGUGGGAGCGAAUCUGCAUGCACAAGGUAACCAUCGCCGUUGUUUUCGACCCUGUGUCCAUUCUCCAAACCUAGAGAGGGACACGUUGGUCCCAGACGCAAACCAAAAACUGAAACGCCUCGCAAUUCAGUAGUUUUCAGAACCUGCAUGCACCAUUAUAAAGGGUAGAAGAGGUGAAGAAACCCAAACUAGAAACAAGAUAGACCAGUUCGAGAGAGGGAGAGAGAUGCAGCAAGAUAGAGAUAAAGGAGGAGGAUUGGAAGACGUGGAUCCUCCAGAUCGGCGAUUGAAGCCAGCGCAAUCCGAGAAUCAACAGCAGCAGCUACCUCAGAAAUGUCCUCGAUGUGAUUCUAUCAACACCAAGUUCUGCUAUUACAACAAUUACAGCCUUUCUCAGCCUCGCUACUUCUGCAAAACUUGUCGAAGGUACUGGACUCAAGGUGGAACUCUAAGGAACGUCCCCGUCGGCGGUGGUUGCCGGAAGACUAAGCGCAAACCAUCCGCUUCUGGCGACAAUUCGCGCUCUCAGUUACCAACCCAACAACAGCAACAAAAUUUAGCCGCACCGCCGCCAAACAUCAUAUCUACAAAUUCUGGUGUAGCCGUGGGGCCAGCUCUGAGGAUUGCAGAACCAGCCAACUUAUCUCCGGCACCAGCACCUGCAUCUGCACCGACGCUUUCUUCUGUCAACCCUUACUAUCCUGCUGGGGCUUUCUUAUCCUCUUUACCAGCGAUGCGUCCUCUCAACCAGCCACAGCCACAGCCCUUCAAUCAACCAGUCAACGUGGGUCGCGAUUUUGGAGGUUCUAAUUUGGCUAUUUUACAGGGAUUCAAUGUUCCUUCUUUGGGCUCACAACAGCAGCAGCGUCAGCAGGCAGAAUUCUACCAGAUGGGUAAUAGAGACAGGAACAUAGAAAGCUUGUAUGGUUCUGGAGAAGACUUGAUUCAAUCAAGCAGGCCUACUGGACAUCAGAAUAAUUGGCAUCAGACUUUCAUCAACCCUACCGCUCCAGACUCCAACCUUUGGAGUAUCGGCGGUAGCAGCAACAACAACAGCAACGCCGCUAGCUCGUCCUUCAAUCAAAAUCACUGGGCUGAUCUGCAGGGAUAUGGCCCUCCUCCAUGAUAUUCUUCAGCCUUGUCAAUCUCUCGAGCUCUAGCUAGCCAACAGACAGCAUAAUUUUCUGGACUUUUUUCUUCUUCUUUUUUUUACACACAUAACUAUUGAGUACCUGCACCUUUACCUGGUUUGCUUGAUUACACAGGGUGGCAUAGGGUUUGAUCUGGUUGAUAAAGCAGCGUGAAUUUGAGAGGUUUCUGUUAUGUGGGUAUUCAUGUAAAUGGGGGAAUAGCGGCAACACCCUUUGUUCUUAUCUUCUUAUAGAGAUUUUAUGUGUUGUGUUAGGUUGUUUUGAACUUUUGAUUAAAGUUAUAUGUUUGAGCUUUUGUUUGGUUUGCUUUAA